AGCUGUCCAAAACAUACAAGAAGGCCAUUUGGUUAUAAAACUAAACUAUGUUCAAAAUGUCAAAGAUGGCCAAUGGCGGUGAUGAGCAAAUUUUUGGGUCUGACAAAAAUCAUUCAAACAAGGCAACAUUGAUCAAUCUGCCAAUCGUGGAUCAUCCAUUUUCCUUUGGAACUUUGUGCGAUUUCAUAAUUGCAAAUUUGAUUCGCAUUCCCGUCAGUGCUAUUGUUUCUUCGCUUUAUUACGUCAUUCAUGGCCCAAUCGUACUCAAAAGGAAAUACAAUGUUUCUCGUAAAAGGAUUAAUAUUCCAUCAAGACAAACAGAAAGAGAUAUAAAAGUAGACGCUUAUUUACCAAACAAUCUUUGGCAUUCCAAUAGACCGCUUCCAGUUCAUGUGAAUUGGCAUGGAAGUGGGUUUGUGUUGAAUUGUUUUGGUGUUGAUGGUGAUUUCUGCGCUUAUAUGGCAAAUAAGAUGCAAUGUAUCGUGUUGGACGUUGACUAUCGAAAAGCACCCGAAUUUCCUUUUCCCGCUUGCCUGCAAGAUUCGGAAGACGUUAUGAAGUCAAUGUUUCAUAACAAGCACCACCACCUCUACGAUCAACUACCACCGAUCAACUUACAGCACAUUUCUAUCGGUGGCAGUUCAGCAGGUGGAUUAAUCGCAUUAGGAAUGGGAAUUCUUUUUGGCGGUAAGAAGAUAUGUGCAGUCGCAACGAUUGCACCUCCAACGGAUUGCAGAGACCAAGCUCGAUACAAGAAAGCACCACAACCAAACCACUCGAUGUCCUUACCACAAAAUAUCGUAUUUUAUUUUGACAGAUGUUAUUUGCUUCCAAACGUAAAUCGUGAAAAUCCAGUCCUUUCACCUGUUCUUUGCGAUUUGCAAAAAGGUCAAUUGGAUUGCAAACUCGUUUAUACUGCUGCAGGGACCGGUGAUACGCUACACAACGAUAGCUACAAUCUCAUCAAGUCACCAUCAAGUCACUCAAAAAGCAAGGUCACCGCAAUGCUGUCUUUCAUGCUGUUCCAGGAGAAGGUCACGGAUUUGAAAAAGCGAUCGGAGGUAAACAAAAGCAAAAGGCAUUAG